GCCGACGUCGCUUCCAAAAAUCGCCUCCUCACGUUUCCGGUUCGGAUUCCCCUCGCGUCACACGCUCCCCCUCUCCCUCGCCCGCUCCCAUGGCGUCCCUCUUCAGGGCUCGCCGGCGGCGAUCGCCGGAGGACGAGGGAGACGACGGCGACGGAUCCGGAUCCGGGCGGGGCAAGCGCCGCCGCCUCUCGCCGGAGGAGGGCGCGCUGGUGCCGGCGGAGGCGGGGAGGAGCCCCGGGUGGCUCUCCACCAUCGUGACCGGGGCCAAGCGGGUCAUAUCCUCCGUGCUCUUCUCCUCGUCCGAGGAGCAGGCCUCCGGGGACGAGGAGGAGGAGGAGGAGGAGGACGGCUCCGAACAGGACUCCGAUGGAAAUGAAGAUACCCGCAAUACUCAUGGAACGAUAGUUCCUUACAGCGAGUCAAAGCUUGCCAUUGAGGAAAUGGUUAUGAAGGAAACAUUUUCAAGGGAUGAAUGUGAUAAGAUGGUAAAGCUAUUACAGUCACGUGUUGCAGAUUCAGCAUUUCCUGAAGCCUAUGAGCAUGGGACACCAAAAGAAACCCCAAGCAGGAAUGGUCAUGAUUUUACUGGAGCUUGGCGUUCCUUGAAUCGCAAUAGAAAUGGCCCUGGGUCAGGUCCAUUUUUUAGUACCGGACCUGGUAACUUUUCUCCUGGCCCUCCUCUCCAAGCAUCACCUGAGCUAUGUAGUGCAGCAGUUAUGGAAGCAAAGAAAUGGUUGGAAGAGAAAAGGCAGGGAUUCGGCUCAAAGCCUGAAGAUCAUGGACCAUGCACAUUGAACACUGAUGUGCUUAAUGCUGACCUCAAAUCCGACAAGGGUUCUCCUGUCGAUUUAGCAAGAUCAUACAUGCAGUCAUUGCCACCAUGGCAGUCCCCUUUAUUAGGCAGUCGGAGAUUUAAAUCACCACCAUCCGGUGGAGUACAUAUUAAUGAUGAAGAAGGAUCCAAAUACUUCUCAUCAUCAAAGGUCGACACCAAGGAAAACUUCAUUUCCAGUUCCAACUUCUGGGAAAACUUCGAUUUGCGAAGAGAUCACAUUAGAUUUUCUGAAACUGCGGAAGCUUCUAAGUCGAGGCACCAUGGUACUACUUCCAGAUUGUUUGAUAAUGGUGUCUCUAUACUCUCACCGGGUACUCGUGAUGAAGUUGGACAGCCUGUACAGGGUUAUCAAGGUUCUGAUAAAGUUGCUGCAGCAGCACCAGCCAAUGAGUGCUCCUUACCUAUUUCACCAACUAAAGAUGGAAACCAUGGUGCUGUUGAUUCUGUGGACCCUGCACCGAAGGACAGUGGCAAUCUUGUCCAAGAAUGCCAUGCUGCAUCUGUUCAUCCUGAUGAGGUACCACAGGGGAAUGCAGAUGAGGUACCACAUGGGAAGCCUGUGCCUCUCACAAGGUCGGUUUUUGUAUUAAAGAAGGGUGCACUUUUUAACACAGAUUUGCUGCAUUUGCUACAUACUGCUCUGUCGUUAACAAUAUUGAACUGUCUCAGUGCUACGGAAGAGGCUGCUGACCAGAGUGGAGAUAAAUCUGUGCCCGCAGAACCAGAAAUUCACGAAGAAUUGCAUAUGAACUCAACUUCAGAAUCAAGAGCAAAGGUUGCAGCCCCCCAGAUCCGGAUGAGUUUGCGUUCCCUAAAGAAAAAGGUCCACACGAGUUUAAAUGGGCCUACCAAGAAAACCUCUGCCAACGGUCUUCUGGAUCGAUCAGACGGCAACUCAGGGAUAGAAUCCUCGGGCAAUGAUAAUCCCAGCUGCACUAACUCGAGCAGUGCUGUGCCUCCCAACAAUAAAGAGUUCAUCAACUCUGCAGCUGAUGCUUCAGCUGAUAACUCCGUCGAUAACGGCGCGAGAACGGUUUCAGAGAAACCGGCAGAUGGUAAGUCUGUCGAAAACGACGCUGGGAAGGAUUCAGUUGAACCAGUAAAGGAAGACCCUAAACCAACUUACGUCAGACGUGGCCGGAAAAGGGCUGCUCGGAGGGCAUCAUGAAGAGGAGUCUAGGAGCAAAGCGUUUGUUAUACCAGGUCGCAGUGCACUAAUAUUAACGGCCCCAAGAAGAGGGGCGCUAUGAUAUCUAGGUUUAACUAGAGCUAGUAUUCAUUUGAUGGGAUAUCUCAGGUAACACAUCAUGUACCCACGCCCGUAUCAAUGUUGUAUCACUGUAGGCUAGAUGUGAUUACUAGGUUCAGUAGCUGCUCUCAUUCAGUCUCAUCUAGAUGUGAUCUGUAUUAUUAUUAUUAUUGUUAUUUGGGUAGUUUGUGAAAGACGGAAGAACAACUUCUUCAUCACUGCUAUUUGAUUGUAUUGUAUUGUACCAUUGAUUGACAGUGCAUGUUAUGCUUGCAUUUA